AUGUUUUUCCCCUUUUCAAAUUUUCACCCAAGCAAUGCACUUUCUUCGCCAACAUCAAUUCUCUACUCGGGGACUUUGUUGAACCAAGCAUAUGCUAUUUCGGUCAACUUCCCUAGGCCCAGCAAUGGCUUUGCAUAUCCUGGCCACUUCGCCACACUCGCUAUCUUCAGUGGUGCCGGUACUCUUCUAUCUUCGCCUCUGUUGUUGCCCGCUCCAACCUCCAGCCCUUUGCAGAUGAUUGGCAAUACGCUCAUGACUAUGAGCGUCUCGCUGUUCAGCUGGACAGCAUACACAACACAAAGAGGAAGACUCCCAGCCAUCUUUGGUGGCACGACUCCAGACUUCAUUAUCGAUUAUGGACCAUUUGCCUACGUCCGCCACCCUGCCUACACUGCUUAUCUCGUGGGCUGGACCGGAGUCUUGGCUGCUCUUGCAGGUAGAGACGAUGCUGGCUGGGUGGUACCGGCCUUGGCUGUAUGCGUUCUGGGUAUUGCGGGUGUCUAUCGCACUGGCGUGCACAUGGAAGAGAAGCAGAUGCUCUCAGGCGAAGAGAACGACGGAAAGGUUGACCUUAGCAAGAAGUACAAGGAGUACAUGGGCAAACGUACAUCACUCGCGACAAUGAUCUCGUCUGGUCUUGUCAUCUUCCUCGUCAUUCUCGGUUGUGCCGCCGUCUGUCUCUGCUGUUACGCCCUCUUCACCCUGUCCUUCGGCAAGCGAUCCGAGCCCGUUGACCGCAGCAGACCCGCCGCCGUUCAAGAAGAAUACAUGCGCGAAGUGCGACAGAAGAACAUUGACACCAUGUGGGCCAUGAGCGGCCGAAGGGUUCGCUACGACCCAAGUUAUGCCUGA